AUGCAGACCGACAUGGCCACUUGGGGUCUUGCUGCAUCUGAAGACGAGGAGACCAGCUUCACUCAUCUGGGAAAAACACUCCAGCGGGCUCCUUCAAAUAACAAACAACCGACCGACCAACUUCACUCUAGACGGGCUCGCGUUAUUUCCCCCGUAAAUGAUAUGGCCUCAAGACUACUAUCUCCAACCCAUAAGCUUACCCGCCAGUUAUACCAAACAGGCAACGCGAACAGAAGGCCCCUGUCAAGCUGUAGCAUUUUACCAUCCAAGUCUUCCGAAUGCCCAGCUACAACCAACUCUAAGUCAUCUCAAACGGCCAACAAAGUCAGUCAACAGGAUCCUACCUAUCAAUCUCCAGUCGCAUCUCGCAAAACCAAUAUCUCGUCAGACCUUGCUGCCGAAGUCACAGCAAAGCCCAUACCCCACCCUUCGGCUAUGAAAAACCAUCGCGGCAUUUCGCUGGAACCCCCAAAAUCCCUCAAAAAGACACGCUUUGCUGAUUUCGAUGAAAAUGUUAACCGGUUCACCACAUCCAAUCCUGGAUCGAUAGACCCCGUUCCAGCUGCAAAUGAUGCAUCGGCUAUAGACCCCUCCCAAGACGUUGCAACCCCUCGAACGGCAAAUUUGAGUGCAAGACUCGAUUCAGCAGCAUCUACAUUAAUUUUACCAACCCGACCUGCCAUGGACUCAGCCGCGUGCCCUUCUAAAGAUCAAGAACGAAAUAACCUACCCACAAUUCCCAAAGCCGUCAACCAAACCACUGCCUUUUCAUUGGGAUCAAGCACACUUGAGCAGACUUCUACGUCAGCCAGACGCCUCCCGCCGAUCAAUGAGGCUCCGAAUACGACACACCCUUCCCCCAUAAAAGUUUUGCCCAUCCCACUCUCGCCAGAACGCCCCCUUGCUUCGCGGUUACAAUCAUCUGGGAUCAGUAGAUCUAGUCGUGCGUUAUCUGUAGAACUAUUAUCUGCAAAUUCCCGGGACCAUGCCAAAGUUAGCGACCCUAUGGAGAAAGUAAAAACUCAACACACACCUUUAUCGAGUUUCAAGCGGCUGUCCCGCACCAACUCAGCAAACAGCAAAGUUUUCCAGACCGUUCAAACCGCACCCACUUCUACCCUUCAGAGAGCAUCAUCGGUGUCCAAUGCUGAGAUGCUAAGGCCCUCACGGGUUGUGCGCUCUCUUGCCUCCCUCAGCGGGGCCUCCGAACCUGAAUCCCAAGUGGUCCGAACUAGCAUAAGCUCUGGCAAUCAUUCCAAUCCUGCUUCUGAACCACGAGGAAAGACAGUUGAAGCUCAGCCCACCAGUAGUCUCGAGCCAUCCAGUGCAAGUCAAUUGGUUUCAAAUAUGCGUAAGGAUAAUGCCCAGCGUUUGCUUUCCGGGCAGUCAGACUCGUCGAAAAGGAAGUUGUCGAACCCUAGAAGGCAAAUCAACUUAUCUAGCGAUGAAGAAGGCCCGCGAGAGCCCAAGAAGGCAAAUUCCUCAGCUGAUAGUUCGCGGAACUCGAAGGCAGAAAGCCGAAGACCGUCCAAUCGCAUCCAUGUUAGUGAACGUGCAGGCUCAAGGCUCAGUGCGCUGAUUGAACUACCUACACCGAACUCGACGGUUGAGGCUAUCAGCUCUGGGGAUCUUGAAGGAGGGGGCAUCGGCAGUAACCUCUCGAUGGUUUGCCAAAACGGCGGCGUGCCACAGUUUUCGACUCCUUACUCUGCUGGCCCGGUCAGCCUUCCCUUGCCCCCUGAUACUAUCCACCUCUCAGCCUCAAGGCUCAGAAGAAGUGGUCGAAAAUCUUCAGCCGGCAAACGUGAUUCACCAUCUCUAGUAAAGCCACCACUGGUGCCGUUAACGUUCGGGGAUCCACCUUCUACAUCUCAUUCCCCCUCUCAUCCAAAUCAUCUUGCUUCAACCCCUCCCUCGAAUGACCACACGCGUCCGUCCAGAGAAGUAACAAAGCUUCCUGACAUUGCUCCAGUUACAUCCACGCCUAGCACUACAGAAGCCGUAUCUUCUCAUCAUCCAAGCCGGAAUGAUAGCGCGAAUCCCACAUCAACUGUGGCCCUCAACGCACGUGUUCCUAAAAACCAGGAAUCGAAUGCGGCAUCUUUGCCUUUGAUUGAAGCCAAGAAAGGUAAGGCCAAAUCUGUCGAUGGUCCUACCGGUCCUGCUCACUCUAUAAGAAGGGAAUCACACACAAACGUUUCGAACAAAGGUGGCAAGCAAGCCAAAGUUAUAUCGAAACCCCUUCCUGAGAACAGGGCAGAUGACCCGCUAUUUACCGGACAUUCUAAGCCCAAGGAGCCCGCUGCCUGUCCCCUCACGCCAUCCCUCAGUAAACCACAAGCCGUGGAGCAACAAGAACAAACACAACGAGGGGAGUUCACUUCGCAAGUCACGAAUAAGCGGUCAGAGAUUGCCGCAAUAUCUCCAACCUCACCUGCUGAGCCCAUGCCCAACGCCAGGGUCCCACCGGGCUCCCUGCCAGAAGCUACGGGGGCCUUGGCUCCAGCACCGCGCUUGAUCAGAGUGAAGCGAGCCCCUGCACUCGACGUCGAUUCCACUUCGGCCGUCUCAAAAAAAUCGCGCGUGCCUUCAACCUCAAUCAACGAAUAUUCUGGCGUCCCCAAUGACCAGCUUAGACCUGCGAACCGUCCUCCCACGUUUACCGCUAAGUCCGCUCUCGACGCCAUGCCCCCAGCAUCUGUGCAUCCUUCCGAAGCUACCGAUGUGAUGGCCCCAGCAGCUCGCUUGAAUGGAGCGAAGAGGCCGUCUACACUCGAUCCUGAUUCCGCUUCAGCUGCCCCCAAGAAAUCACGCGUGCCUUCAGGUUCAUCUGGCGAAUCUCCUAAUGGCCCCAGUAACCAGCCUGGAGUUAGAGACCCUCCUUCAACGUCAAGCGCGAAUUCUGACGCCAGACCUCUAUCGCCCGCGGAUCUUCCGGUUGCUGUAGUCCGAGGGAAGAGACCAUCUACACUUGAUGGCAAUUCCAACACAGCUGUUUCGAAAAAGUCACGCGUUCAUUCAAGGGAAAGUGGAGAACCUUCUAGGGCCAUCAGCAAUCAAUUUAGAGCUGAGAACCGUCCUGUAGCAUCAAGUUCAACCGUAAGAUCAGUUUCUGACGCUCGCGCCCGAUCCCCCCCAUAUUCUCCCGAGGCGGCUCCCGUGCCCAACUUACUCAAAGGCAAGAGACCCAUUGUAAUCGAUGUCGAUUCAGUUUCUGCCACAACCGUUGCGGCGAAAAAGUUACGUGUACCUUCAGCGGGAACUGGCGAAUCUUCCAGAGUCCCCACCAAUCAGCCUGGACCUGCCAACCAUCUUCCACCGUCAACCUCCAGGUCCGCUUCCGACGGCAGGCCCCCAUUGUCCGUGGGCUCCUCAGAAGCUACGCAUGCUCCGGCUGUAGCCUCGCACUUGGUUAGAGUGAAGAGACUAUCCACUCAUGAUGGCGAUUCCGCUUCAUCUGCGUCGAAAAAGAAGCGCCUGAUUUCAGCGGGAACCGGCGAACCUUCCAAGCCCCCCAGCAACCAACCAAAAGUUGAUAAUCCUUCUGGAAAGUCUUCAGGCCUAUCCCGGAAACCCUCCAGCGUACAACCUCGCUCUCGCGUGACUUCCAAGGCCCAGGAUAAGAUAUCCUCAUCAAGACCAUCAGCCGGCGCAAGGUUGCCGCCCAGUCAACAAGUUGAUGUUUCACAAUCUUCUCGCGAUUUGUCACCUGUAAUUCCCCCCGGUAUAAACGAAGAGUUGCAUGUUUCAAAUGACCCAAAGAUUAUGGAAGCCGCUGGUAAAACUUCACAUACUACUACCAGGUCUGCGGACUCGCAUUCAAGACCAGUGGUAGAAUCACAGGGCAGCCAAUCCCUCGAGUCUGUUUCCAUUAAGCACUCGGGAGAAACAAAUGCGACUGAUAGUAACUCUCAGCGGGCAAGUUCCGUAGAUGCUACUUCAUUGCCCCAUGCGGACGAAGCUCCCUCCAUAGAAUCUGCGGAGGCUUUCGAUGCGAAAUCUGCCCAAGCCAAGACAAUAGAACCAUCGACAUCUUCUGGCACACAACCUGUCACCAAAUCAGGUCAUAUUGAAGCACCACAUGUCCAGUCCUCAGCACCUUCUAAUAAACAGCCAGUCAAGAACAAUGCAUCAAGUGCUAGCACAACAAGCCAUGAAACCGGCGGCCGUAAAACAUCAAACCAUCCCACACAAGCUCCGAUUUUGACCCUUCCAAAAGAGUUUGAUUUCGCCUUUCGAUCAACAGUGCCUACCAAGCCAAGAAUUAAGGAACUUCGAGCCCAAAAUGGGAACUCAACCCAGACAGUCGCGCCUUCCAGGCGGCCGCCCGUUUCCGCGACAUCGCAGGCAAAACCUUUGACUAAGUCAAAAACUCUCACUAGGUCACGCCCUGAUGACGGUGAUGUUGAUAGAGCUCCCAAGCGACUGCGUGGUAACCAGCCUACUCUCGCCUCACCAUCCCGUACAAGAAUCGGGCCUGCUCGCCCUGGUCCUUCGAACAGGGUCCGAAAUGCGGUGGGGCGUCUUAACAGUCUCGCCAAAACUAACAGUCUCGCCAAAACUGCCCCGGCUCCAAUGACAUCUUCCCUCGCUCGUGGUAUCCGUCCGAAGCCAUUAAACAACCGGCAUCGAGCGACUGGCGGCUCAUCGCAAACUAUUGGCGCUGCUUCCCAAUCUCUUGCCUCUGAGAAAAAUGUUCAAACUAUCUCUAACCACAAUAAUCGAGUGGCGCCAAAUGCCUCAGCUCAUCAGUCCGCCUUGAGGAAUCAACUCAUGAGGGAAAUACGCCAAAAGGCUGAUAUGCGUGCUUCAAAACAGGGAAGAAGCAUGUCUGACUCGAUUACACCAGCUUCCCGAUCUUCAUCUGAUAAUAUGGGAGGAAAAAAUAAGGCAAACCGUUGCCUAGCUGAUAUCCCUGAGGCCUCAUCUCAGCCGGCCCCGCAUAGAGUCAUCCAAAGAAACGUGUCGGGCGCUUCUUCAUCUAAGGAACAUAAUCCGCCGAGGCCCCAAGAGGGGAGGUCACAGAAACCGAUUCCCCAGAAUUCUCGUCCACCAGCGAGUGGGUUCCAAAGCUGUUUGAAUCAGUGGCGAGAGGUUGAAGCGCGACAAUCAACGAGUUCUGUACCUGGCUCACUAGGGAACAGCGUCCAGUCAAGGAAACUCCCAGAAUGGCAAGACGUCUCGCUUGUCCACCACGUCUUGCCAGUCAAGGACCAUUCAAGGCCCAAAAAACCGACGAUGAGCUUCGGCUUGGCGACCGAACGAAGAAUCUUGGAAAGAGAGAAUUGGGAACAGACGAAAGCAAAUAAGGAGAAGAUUGAAGCUGAGAUCAGGGCGCAAGAAGAACUUAAAGCGCAGGAACUUGAACGGGAAGAGUUUAUCAGGAUGAGGAGAGAAUGUGUCAUCAAAGCCAAUCCAGUUCCUGGUUAUCUCAAAAAGCAUGCAUAA